AUGGCAAAGCUUACUGUGUGUGUCUUUGCACUGCUGCUGCUCAUAGCUCUCAGCGAAACCAGUUUCCAGGGACCUUGUUGCACAAAAAAUUUUAACAAUCCAAUAAGAUUACAGAACCUGAAAGCCUAUUGGAUGCAAUUCGACACAGGCAACUGCAACAUCAAUUCAACAAUUUUCCUCACUGUGAAAAACAAACUUGUCUGUGCCAAUCCUGAUAUGCCAUGGGUCCGCAGAGCCAUCGAGUAUCUGAAGUAA